AUGCCCUCACAAUCCAACAACCCUCAGCGUCCAAGCCCUGGCCACGUUCAGACAAACUUCAACGCGCAACGUCACGCCAUGGCUCCCCAAUCCGCCAUCAGCGCGUCUUCCCGGGCCUCCAAUUCCCAGCAUGGAUCACCAAUCAUGUCUCCGGAACCUACCAUUCUCACCUCCAACUCAUCUAUCCAAGCAUCUCCAGAGGCUAUGCGACCCCAGUAUGAGGACUCAGUCCCCCCUGGGUUUCAGCUCCCUGAAUCCAUCAUGCCCGACUCCAUCUCCCGAAAAACCAGCAUCAAUUCUCUCGGGCAAAGCUGGACAGGAAGCCCAAACAUUACCUCCGAAGCUAGUAUAAUACGACGCUUUUCCAACCGAGCAUCAAGACUCUCCAACAGAAGGCGCCAAUCAUCGGCUGCUCCCUCUAGCCGUGAAACUAGCGUUGGUCCCUGCUUGCUGCGGAUGCGCAGUGACAGCAAUGCGACCGCUCCCGAAUAUGGUGUCGUCAUCAACACCGAUUCCGAGUCCGACAUGGAUGAUGAUAGAGGCUCCUUGUGGACUUAUUUCGAUGGCACCCGGGAUUCACCGACUAACAGCACGACUUGCUCUAUCAGCAGCGGCUCAAACACAAUGAUUGGCCCUGUCAUUCCAUUGCAGCUGCAACAGGGGACUUGGCUCAAAAAGAUUUCCAAGAAGAACCGCUCCAAAGCCAUACUCCUUGCCUAUGAUCAAGAGACCAAUAAAUUGCUGUGGGAUCGCGCCCGUCCGAACAAAUUUCUCCAUGUCGACGAGAUUAAGGAAAUCCGGACUGAAUCGGACAUUCAGCAGUACGCCCGCGACUUUGGCAUUACAGACAAGGAACGCAAGACACUGUUUUCCAUUUCUUAUGUCGUUCCGGACAAGUCCAAGAAAAAGUUCCUUCACCUCAUCGCGGAUAAUGCCGAUACCUACAGGAUUUGGACCACAUUCCUAAAUGACAUGCUAAAGCAUCGCCAGGAAGUCAUGACUUCCUUGAUGACUUUCAACGAGAGGGCAAUUGCCCAAUACUGGCAAUCGGAGAUGCAAAAGCACAACUCCGAAGACCAAGAAGAGCUUGACAUCAAUGGUGUUAAGCGAGUGUGCCAAAACCUACACAUCUACAGCUCUCAGGCUACCGUCCAGUCCAACUUCCGGCUCGCUGAUACCCGGCGGAAUGAGAAGCUCAACUUCUCCGAGUUUCUCGAGUUUGUUCGUCUCAUGAGGCAAAGACAGGAUGUUCACCGACUCAUGCAGAGCAUAGCAGCAAAGCCCGAAGAUGGACUCACUUUUAUCGAGUUCCUCGACUUUAUUGAGCACGUCCAAAAGGAGGACGUCAAAAAUCGGACCUACUGGGAGAGGAUCUUUAACAAAUACGUCCGCAAGCAUAGAAACGAUGAUGCGGGUGCCGAGGUCAAAACCGAAGAUCUCACCUUCAUGUCGGAGACGGCAUUUAUGGGUUUCUUGAGCUCUCGGCAAAAUCUACCCACUGUCGAUGAGCAGCAGGAGUUCACGCUUGAUCGACCCUUGAACGAGUACUUCGUCUCCAGCUCACACAAUACUUACCUCCUAGGACGACAAGUUGCGGGCCAGUCCAGCAUCGAAGGAUACAUUUCUGCUCUUGUCAGAGGUUGCCGCUGCGUCGAAGUCGACUGCUGGGAUGGCGGCGAUGGCCAGCCCUUGGUGGUCCAUGGUCGCACGCUUACUAGCUCCAUUAGUUUCAAGGAGGUCAUGACCACCAUCAAGAAGUAUGCUUUUGUCAAGUCCAAGUUUCCACUUUGGAUUUCUCUAGAGGUCCACUGCAACGCUGAACAGCAAAGCAUCAUGGCCGAGAUCAUCAAGGAUACUUUCAAAAAGCAACUUGUUACAGAGCCACUGGAUCCAGACUCGUCCCAGCUGCCUUCCCCUUCGGAGCUUAUGGAACGCGUUCUUAUCAAGGUCAAGCAGCCACGGAUGGUCAAGGAGGAACCCACAGGUGGCGAUAUCCUGAGUACCAGGAAGCGCGGAAGCAGCCUCAGUGCGGCAUUCGGAAGACCAGCUAAUCCCGAUGCCACCGCCAUUUCCACGUCUCAAUCGCUUCCUCAGAGCCCUCUGCUAACCCCUAGCAAUUCUACGCGCAAGCUUGUCAAAAGCCGGGUUGGACUCAUCACUGAGGGCGAGGUGCAAGAGCCCCAGGCAAACAACAACAGUGACUCAGACACCGGAAGCGAUCUUGGCUCAACCAAGGGAUCUAACAACAUUGUCCCAGAGCUGGGCAAGUUGGGAGUGUACUGCGCAGGCCUCAAAUUCUCGGGCUUCGAAGCCCCGGCAGCUAAGAAGUUCAACCAUAUCUUCUCCUUCAUGGAAUCCAGCUUUGCCAAGCAUUCUCAAUCCAAAACUGAGAAGUCGCAGCUGAACCUUCACAACAUGCGCUACCUUAUGCGUGUUUACCCAGAUGGCACACGACUGAAUUCGAGCAAUUUCGACCCGCUUUCGUACUGGCGCCGCGGCGUUCAGAUGGCGGCUUUGAACUGGCAAACCUUUGAUAUGGGCAUGCAAGUCAACCGGGCCAUGUUUGAGGGUGGCACAGAUUCGUCUGGAUACGUCCUCAAGCCCCAAGAGCUUCGCGGCAUCCAGGUUCUUCCGUACAACGAGGCUACCAACGAAGCUCUUGCCCAGGGCAAGAAGUUGCGGUCUAUUGUGUCAUUUAACAUUGACGUUAUCUCUGCCCAACAGCUGAUGCGGCCUGCCAAUCUGGCUGCAAACAAGUCGAUGGACUUUUACGUUGACGUUGACGUGUUUCACGCAAACGACAAGCGCAACAAGAAAGACAAGGACUUUGAGCUGAGCCAUGAGCCUGAUUCACCUCUACUACGCCAUACCGAAGUAAUUCGUGAGAAUGGCUUCAACCCAAUGUUCAGCAACGGCCAGUUCCGCUUCAAGGUUACCACCAAACACCCAGAGCUGAUCUUUGUUCGUUGGUCUGUCAGGCUGUCUAGUGACGGCGAAAACUAUAGCAACAGCACCAAGGAGAAGCCCGCAAUGGCUAGCUACACUGCCAAGCUUACCAAUCUGAAGCAGGGAUACCGCACACUGCCCCUUCUGAAUCACGCUGGGGAGCAAUAUCUCUUCUCCAGCCUCUUUUGCAAAAUUGGCAUUGAUGCUAUUGAAAAGAAAUUCAUCGAUGUCCCCUCUGCCGCUCCAGAAGGAGGCAACAUGUUCAAGGGCUUCCCCGGCAAGGUAUUUGGACGAAACAGCAACUCCAGCCCUCGGAGCACCAUUGAGAAAAGCAGCACAGAGAAGCGCAGCUUUGAGAGCAACUGA